AGCAAAUUCGAAUCACUCACUGGUCACUCGUCAUGUAAUGCCUGAUUAUUUUCAAAAUGGAAGCGCAGAAGACUGCACGUGAACUUUUCACUGAAGCAGUGAGAGCAGUCCUAGAAACGUGGCCUGUUUUACAGAUCGCAGUUGAUAAUGGAUUUGGAGGCGUGUACGGCCAACAGAAGGCAGAUUGGAUGGUGGAUGUAGUCCAACAAUAUUUUCAUGACAACGCAAACCUUCAGCCAGAUGAAGUGGAGGACUACAUUGCAGACCUUAUGAACAAUGAGUUUGAUACAGUGGUGGAUGAUGGCAGUUUACCUCAGGUGGCACAGAAGGUUAGCCAGAUCUUUACACAGUGUCAACAAGGAAAGCUCGCAGAGGUCAAAGAUCAGAUAGUCAAACUUAACAAGAGUGCAGAACGAGCCAAGGUCACACACCAACCAAACGCUGAAGAGUGUAAUGGCGAUGAAACAGAGUUCAUGGAGUGUGAAGCAGCAACGUCAACAACCCCCCAGCGUAGAUCGGCACCCAAACAGACAGAUCAACCCCAGUCUCAAGAGGAAAACGAUGGUUGGACGACAGUGGUGCGCAGGAAGUGACAUUACUGUGGAAGUGCUGAGUGAAUUGGGAUUUUACUGCCUCCGUUUUGUUUUAUACGUGUCUCUACGAUGGUUCUGUCAUAUUGGGAGGACGGACAUAUGUUCUGAUGAAAACCUGGACACGUAAACCUAUACCUCGAGUUCACAUUUAUGCAGGUGUCAAGAGGUCACUCUUAUUAGGGCAUCUGAGGAACUGUCACUGUUUACAGGAAUCUCAUUGUUUUUGGUACAUGGAAAUCCAGUUCAGUAGCGAUUAAAUAACCAUCUAUAGUGUGUGUAUAUAUAUCACUCACCUACAAUGCCGAGGCAGGCCCCCACCCCUCUGAGGGGUUGGGUUAAAUGCGGAAGAGAUCAGUUAAACAAUUAACUAGGUAUCCCCUUUCCAAUAGUAUGUAUUACUGAGUAAGGGAUAGUGCUCCGUUGCACUGAUCCAUGUUCUAUUUUCAUAUCGAAGUGAUAGAGGUCUACCUGCUACAACAUGUUUAUUUACAGUAUAGUCGGCAGUGCUAAAUAUAAAACUUUAAACAGCCAACUUAAGAAUGGUGAAUUUAUUUAAUGUACUCAAUUCACCAUCUCUUGGCCGCAUGAGUGUCAUACAGUACUCUGAAUCUGGUUUAAAGAUUUAUUCUGAAGAAUACAGGUUGUAAGAUAUCUGGCCUUUCUUUCAGUCAUGUUUAAACACAUUUUAUGUUCACAAAAUAAGCAUUCCACAUACAGUUUGGCGACAUGUAUAAAACAAAGUGAAGGAUUUUUUUGUAGACUUUUUUUGUACACCUGGCAUAUCAAGGCACUAUUUUAACAAAUGUGACUCAGCACAAUGAGAAGUAGAUCAUCCAUUUUAAAACAAACUACAGAUAUCAUAUU